AUGGGGACCAUUACGCAGAAGAUCAAAGACAUUGAAGAUGAGAUGGCUCGCACGCAGAAGAACAAGGCAACAGCGCACCACUUGGGCCUGCUAAAGGCCAAGCUGGCGAAGCUUCGGCGAGAGAUCCUCACGCCCUCGGGCGGCAAGGGAGGCGGAGCUGGGGAAGGGUUCGACGUGACGAAGAGUGGGGACUCGCGAGUGGGGCUUGUGGGUUUCCCGUCCGUGGGAAAAUCGACGCUUCUAAACAAGCUGACAGGCACAUUCUCUGAGGUGGCAUCGUACGAGUUCACAACGCUCACGUGCAUCCCGGGUGUCAUUCGCUACCGAGGAGCCAAGAUCCAGCUUCUGGACUUACCCGGGAUUAUUGAGGGGGCCAAGGACGGCAAGGGGCGAGGCAGGCAGGUCAUCUCGACCGCCCGCACGUGCAACUGCAUUGUGAUCGUGUUGGAUGCCAUCAAGCCCAUCACGCACAAGCGACUGAUUGAGAAGGAGCUUGAAGGGUUUGGUAUCAGGCUGAACAAGGAACCUCCAAAUCUCACCUUCAGGCGGAAGGACAAGGGCGGCAUCAGCAUCACAGCAGCGUGCAGCGUCACCAACCUGGACCUGGACACUGUCAAGGCGGUGUGCUCAGAGUACCGCAUUCACAACGCGGACGUGCAUCUGCGAUACGAUGCAACGGUGGACGACCUGAUCGACGUGAUUGAGGGCAGCCGCGUGUACAUCCCGUGUGUGUAUGCGGUCAAUAAGGUCGACCAAAUUACACUGGAGGAGCUGGAAGUGCUGGAUAAGCUGCCCCAUUACUGCCCGGUCAGUGCUCAUUUGGAGUGGAAUCUGGACGGGCUACUGGAGAAGGUGUGGGAAUACCUUGACCUCGUGCGGGUGUACACGAAGCCAAGGGGGGCGAAUCCGGACUACGAGGAUCCGGUGAUUCUGUCGGGCAAGUCGGUAUCGGUGGAUGACUUCUGCAACCGCAUCCACAAGGACAUGUCCAAGCAGUUCAAAUAUGCGCUUGUAUGGGGUUCGAGUGCCAAGCACAAGCCACAACGAGUAGGCAAGGAGCAUGAGUUGGAGGAUGAGGAUGUGGUGCAGAUUGUGAAGAAGGUUUGUUGGACUGCCCUUGUGCAUCCCACCUCCCCAUCCCCUCCGCAUCCCCCCCCAUCUCCUCCCCCAUCUCCUCCUCCCCUCCCCCCCAUCUCCCCAUCACAGGCCAGUGAAGAAGUAGUUAAGAAAUCAUUCCGCUGUCCUCUUCCCUCUUUCCCCAUCUCCUCCACCUCUCCUCCACCUCUCCUCCACCUCUCCUCCACCUCUCCUCCACCUCUCCUCCACCUCUCCACAUCUCCUCCACAUCUCCUCCACAUCUCCUCCACCUCUCCUCCACAUCUCCUCCACCUCUCCUCCACCUCUCCUCCACCUCUCCUCCACCUCUCCUCCACCUCUCCUCCACCUCUCCUCCACCUCUCCUCCACCUCUCCUCCACCUCUCCUCCACCUCUCCUCCACCUCUCCUCCACCUCUCCUCCACCUCUCCUCCACCUCUCCUCCACCUCUCCUCCACCUCUCCUCCACCUCUCCUCCACCUCUCCUCCACCUCUUCUCCCCAUCUUCUCUCACGGUCACGGGUCUGUGA